GUCAGGCUGAAGUCACAUGGUUUGUGUUUGCAGUCACUUCAGAACAGCACAAAUUUCUACACACAGUUAUGAUGAAAGUGUUUCAUGCUUCCUUAGUGAAAUACUGAAAACUACAUAGGACCAUUUAAUUCUGAACAGGCAGUGAAAAUAUGGAAAUACCAGCCAUAAAUCUGAAGGCCAUUUUGUUGGUUCACUGGAUACUGACAGUUUGGGCAUGCUUACUUUCCUGGCUCCCAGCUUCUUAUGUGUUGGGGAACUUCAGUGUUCUUGCAGUGGGAGUGUGGGCCAUAGCACAGAGAGACUCCAUAGAUGCUGUUUUAUUGUUCUUGAUCGGACUGGCAGUGACAAUCUUGACUGAUAUUGUUCAUUUUGGGAUCUACUAUGCAGCAGCUGAACUCCUAUACGAGAGAUCCACACGGGACCUGUUCCGCUUUAGUGGAGGCAUGGCCAUCCUGAGCCUCUUGCUCAAACCUGUCUCCUGCUUCUUUGUCUACCAAAUGUACCGUGAGCGAGGGGGUGAAUACAAUGUCAAUUUUGACUUGGAAACAUCCAUGGAUAGUCGCUGCACCACAGACAGUGCGGACAGCACAUUGCUUGGCCGUCGCUACUGAACCUUCCCUUCUUUCCCUCCUGCAGUCCUCUUCAGCUUCCUCUAAUAACUGGACAUUUUCAUCUGUGAACUGUUGUGGUUAAUUUCAUUUUUUUCUUAUUCCUAUUCACAUUUUGUGUUUUUGUAUUUAUGCAUCCCAUCACCAUGCUUAUUGUAAAUAAUUGUGCAUUUGAGUGUUUCCUGUAAGUCUUCUUUUGUUCUUUUC